ACUGCAUGGACUGAAGAGUCAAGUGCAGUCAUUGCACUGGAUAACGUGACUCUCAGCCUUGACUGUUAUCUAACAAGUAGUGCAGACAAUUCAUCCAGAAAUGAUUCUGCCAAUUCAAGCCAGCAUGUGCUAGGACAAGCCUUUAUGAACAAGACUGUUGUGACAGCCAGCAAGAAGACGCAAGAAGAGACUGAAGUCAGUGGGUUGUCAGGUCCAUGGAUCAUUACAACAUGUGGUGCCAGUGGGCCCAAAGGGCCAACACAAACUCAAUGCAACAAUGCUUACCGGAAUACAAAUACAUCUGUGGUGGUUGUGGCUGAAGGACUUUGGCAAGGAAUCCAGAAGUGGAGAGUGCCAUCAACAGACACAUAUAAGAUAUCUGCUUACGGAGCUGCUGGAGGCAUCGGGGGAAAGAGCAACUUUCGGAGAUUCCAUGGUGUGUUAGUACAAGCCACGUUCUACCUGGAGAAAGAUGUUAUUCUCUAUAUACUGGUUGGACAGCAGGGAGAAGACGCCUGCCCUAAUGUAAAUCCCAUCAUCCAGAGUGUUUGCUUAGGAGAGAAUAAUGUGAUUGAAGAGGAGAUGAAAAGAAAUGGCAAUGUCACAGAAUGGGCUGGAGGUGGAGGAGGAGGUGGAGGAGCCACAUUCGUUUUCAAGAUGGACAAGGGAGAACCAAUCCCACUGGUGAUAGCAGCAGGUGGAGGUGGCAAAGCCUAUCUGAGUAAAGAUUCCAGUUUCCCAGAAGAGAUGUUAGAAACUGAUUCUUCUGUUCCUGGAGUGAAUGGCAGAUCAGGUGCAGCGGGAGGUGGUGGAGGUUGGAGUGAUUUCACUAUCCCAAUGUGGUCGGGCAAAUCUCUGACUGAAGGUGGUGAAGGUGGACAAUCCUGUCCACAGGCCAUUAAGAAAUGGGGCUGGAUAACAAGAGGAGGCUUUGGAGGAGGAGGUGGAGCUUGCACAGCAGGAGGAGGUGGUGGAGGCUAUAUAGGUGGAAAUGCAUCUGAGGGUAAUCAUCCGGAAAAAGAUGGUGCCUGUGGUGUUUCUUACAUUAGUCCACUUGGCGAAAUGUACACACCAGCACUGGCAGUGACAGAAAGCCACGGGGAGGUUGAAAUUGUGCUGCAUUUAAAUUGCAGCCACUGUGAACAUAAUGACUGUAUAUUUGACCAUAUCAAAGAAGAACUUGUCUGCUUGUGCGAAUCAGGAAAAAUUCUGGCUUCAGACAGUGUUACCUGCAUUUUGCCCCCGGACAGUCACCUGCCAUCUUCCCUUGUGCUUUCGGUUGUGUUGUCGGUUGUGGUAGCAGCCUUGCUGCUCGCCUUCUCGGGAAUCAUGAUCGUGUACCGACUCAAGCACCAGGAGCUGCAGGCCAUGCAGAUGGAACUGCAGAGUCCUGAUUACAAGCUCAGCAAACUACGAACUUCCACCAUUAUGACCGACUACAAUCCCAACUACUGCUUUGCUGGGAAAACAACUUCCAUCAGCGAUCUCAAAGAGGUUCCCCGGAAAAACAUCGUCCUCAUACGUGGCCUGGGCCAUGGAGCCUUCGGUGAAGUAUAUGAAGGCCAGGUGACAGGCAUUCCUGGUGAACCCAGCCCUCUGCAGGUUGCUGUCAAGACAUUGCCUGAAGUUUGCUCUGAACAGGACGAGUUGGAUUUCCUGAUGGAAGCCCUGAUAAUUAGUAAAUUCUGCCACCAGAACAUAGUGCGAUGUAUUGGAGUUAGUCUGCAGGCUCUUCCUCGCUUCAUUUUGCUGGAGCUGAUGGCAGGGGGAGACAUGAAAUCCUUCCUUCGAGAGUACCGACCUAAACCAGGGCAACUAUCAACUCUCAGCAUGCUAGACUUACUGAAUGUGGCUCGUGACAUUGCUCGGGGCUGCCAGUACUUGGAGGAAAACCACUUCAUCCAUCGGGAUAUAGCUGCAAGAAAUUGCCUGCUUACUUUCAAAGGUUCAGGAAGAGUGGCUAAGAUUGGAGAUUUUGGAAUGGCUCGUGAUAUAUACAGGGCUAGUUAUUACAGGAAAGGUGGUCGUGCCAUGCUCCCUGUGAAGUGGAUGCCGCCAGAAGCCUUCAUGGAAGGAAUAUUUACCUCAAAAACAGACACCUGGUCCUUUGGAGUGUUACUGUGGGAAAUCUUUUCACUUGGGUACAUGCCGUAUCCCAGUAAGAGUAACCAGGAGGUGCUGGAGUUUGUCACUAAUGGUGGUCGAAUGGACCCACCUAAAAACUGCCCUGGUCCAGUGUACCGAAUAAUGACUCAGUGUUGGCAGCAUCAGCCAGAAGACAGACCCAAUUUUGCAACCAUAUUGGAAAGAAUAGAUUACUGUACACAGGAUCCCGAUGUAAUUAAUACUUCUUUGCCUGUGGAAUAUGGACCUCCUGCAGAAGAAGAAGGAAAUGUUCCCAUGCGCCCAGAUGACCCUGAUGGAUUGGCACCACUUUUAGUUUCACCAGCCCAAGAAACAGAGAAUGAGCAUGUUUCCACUGACCCCUCCCCAUCACCCCAGCGUCCCACCAGCCUCUGCCUUGGUGACCAUCGGAUCAGGUUUGUUCCAAACGAUACUGCUGCUGUACAUACUGGAGGUCCAGCUGAGGAGGCGCCUCAUGUCACCAAGAUAUACUCACAAGUGAACAGCUCCUCUGCGUUACAACAAGGCAGGGGCUCCCGGAAAAAACCCACCAACCUCUGGAACCCCACAUAUGGGUCAUGGUUCACAGAAAAGCCUGUUGUGCAAAACAACAACACUUUGACUGACAACCGACCACCAGAAAGGGAAGACUCUGGUUUCCAUGCCAGCAGCAGCGUUUCUUCUGCUUCUGUCCCAGCACCAAGGCUACAGGCCUCUGCAGUUGUUCUAGAACCUUCUUCCCUUGUUGCCAAUACAUUGGAUGUGCCUCUGUUCCGGCUGCACCAGUUCCCUUGUGGGAAUGUGAGUUAUGCAUUCCAGCAGCAGCAGAACCACCAGCAAGGACUGUCUUCUGAAGCUACAUCUGCUUGUGCUUCUUGUAAGGAAGAUUACAACUCACAUGUUAGUAAGGGCUUACCUGCCCAACAGGACCCACGUGUUCACCCUGUUGCCAAUAUACCCACUUGGGACUCGGGACUCUCUCUAGCAGAGGACGUAAAUGUUACUAUACUGUAA